UUGUACUUGGCGCGCGGGCUUUGCAUGGAUCAAGUACGAUGUCAGUCUCCGUACGACUCGUAGUUCGGAUGUGCGUAAUAACUGGUACGGUAACCCGCAGCACCUUACUGGUAGUGCUUGGCAACUGCCUUGCCCAAGGUAGCGUUUCCCUUCCAGGAUCGUGGCCUUGAUAUAUUUUUCUGUGUGACCUUCCUGUGGUAUUCUGCCGACCUAAACAGGGAAUAAGAGAAAAGGAACAGAAGGAAAACCUCGGAUACUGCAGAUCCGAUCAAAUUGCAACCUAACUGGCGCUUUAACAUCAACUCUGUAUCGAAUCGCCUGAACACUGUGAAGUAUAUGUGUAGCGCACUCAACCCAGGAAUGGAAUAUGCGACAGCAGACAACUCUUGCUUUAUGGAGCAAGCAUUUGAAAUGGCACGCAGAGCGCUUGAUCUAGGCGAAACACCCGUAGGCUGCGUUUUAGUGUACAAGAAUAAAAUAGUCGGUCGUGGAAUGAAUGAUACCAACAGAUCCAUGAAUGGAACAAGACACGCUGAAUUUCUUGCUCUCCAAGAAAUUCUUCGCAGUUAUCCAAAAUCGGUACUCCGGUCCACGGACUUGUACGUGACGGUGGAGCCCUGUGUCAUGUGCGCAGCAGCUUUGCGUCAAUAUCAAAUUCGGAGUGUCUACUAUGGCUGUGGCAAUGAGCGAUUUGGAGGAACCGGAAGCAUUUUAUCCUUGCACUCUGAUUCGGCGAUUGACCGGCCCUAUUCUGUUUAUGGCGGGUUGCAGCGGAAGGAGGCUAUCAUGCUACUGAGGCGCUUUUACAUACAAGAAAACGAAAAAGCGCCUAAACCACGACCUAAAAAGAAUCGAGAGCUGAACACCAAAUUCGACGAUGUUGACACUGACCCGCUGAUGGGAGAGACAGAUGGUUGCAAUACCGAUUGGAGUAAGCAACAUCCCUAG